UACAUUUAAUUUUGGAUCAACGCAAAUUAGGUCGGGCGAAAAAAUAUUUAAGAUGAGAACGCUAAUCUUGCUUGGAGGCCUACUUACUGUUGGAGUUUACGCGGAUGUACCAUGCGCACCGAGAUUCCUGAACAACUCAGUGGUGUGCGUCUGUAACGCCACUUACUGUGACACCGUGACGAGGAGGGUGCCUGAAGCUGGCACCUACAUAGCUUACACUUCCUCCAAGUCAGGAUUACGAUUCAGCAUCACUCAGGGAGACAUUGAAGACGCAGAUACAUCUUAUAGCAGUGCUGAUUAUGGAAAGGUUUUCGACUUACAACCAAGCAAAGUUUAUCAAGCUAUUGAAGGAUUCGGAGGAGCAGCGACUGACGCAGCGGGAAUAAAUUGGAAGAAAAUGAAGCCGGCUAUUCAGGACACUCUAGUUAAGUCCUACUUUAGUGAAGACGGCUUAGAAUAUAAUGUAAUCAGACUCCCGAUUGGUUCUACUGAUUUCUCGACACGUUUUUAUGCUUAUAACCAAUAUCCGAAAGACGACACAGCUCUCAGCAACUUUACUUUCGCUCCAGAAGAUAUAAAGUAUAAGGUUCCUUUUGUGAAGUCCUGUUUGAGUGCUGCAAAUAAUGAAGUAAAAAUAGUGUCUGCGACGUGGUCACCACCGAAAUGGAUGAAAGUAAAGGAGCCACAAAGCGGUAUUAGUUUUAUUAAAGAGGAAUUUUACCAAGUUUACUCCGAUUACCACUGCAAAUUUGCAGAGCUGUUUGAAGAAGAGGGUAUUCAUAUUUGGGGAAUAUCCACUGGAAAUGAGCCUUUAGUGAAUAUGUUCGCUGGUGUGAGAAAAGACGAAACAGCCUGGAAUGCACCCAGUUUUGCGAAAUUCAUAAGGGAAUACUUCGGCCCGACCAUAAAAAACUGUUCAGUAAAGGACAUGAAAAUUCUAGCUAUAGAAGAUCAACGUUACGCUUUGCCCCUUUUCUUUACAAAAUUACAAUCCGAUACUGAAGCUAUGUCUUAUGUAGACGGAAUAUCCUUACAUUUUUAUGGUGACAAGAAUACUCCGGCUUCGACAAUUCCAAGAGUUCUCAAGGAAUUUCCCGACAAAUUCGUUUUAUACACGGAAGCCUGUAAUGGUCCCCAAAGUCCUAAAGAUGAGAAAGUCGUUUUGGGUUCCUGGGACAGAGCCAAGACUUAUUUUACGAACAUACUUGAGAAUCUUAAUUACAAUGUGGUUGGAUGGCUCGACUGGAAUUUGUUCUUAGACACAGAAGGUGGCCCGACUUGGACAAAAAAUUUUGUUGACUCUUCGAUAAUUGUCGAUUACGAUAAACAAGAAUUCUACAAACAACCUACAUACUAUGCAAUAGGUCAUUUUUCAAAAUUUGUUCCCAGAGGCUCUCAAAGGAUUAAGGUUAAAACCAUUUUACCUGUAACCAGCUAUGGUUUGGAUAUAAUUGACUUUACGACAGUGGAGGCAAGCUUUUUCGACAACGUAGCCUUUAUCACUCCUAAAGGCACUAUCGUCGUAAUCAUACACAACGAGGGGGCAGAACAAAACUGUGCAAUACAAUUAGGUGAUUCGCAAGCCACUGUACUCUUAGAAGCUGAAUCCAUAACUACGGUCGAGAUACCAUACGACGGUAAAUCACUCGGAACACCGUGCAGCCAAUGAUUACAAAAACUUGUUAAAUUUAAAUUAAUAAUAAAACAUUUAUGACAAUCAUAAACUCUGUGUAAUAUACGACCUUUUCCGAACAACGACAACGAUGAUACAAAUGUACGAUAAACCUAUUAUACACAAGUGACCUAUACUAUGUUCUCAAUAAUUUUAAACAUUUUACAAUCAACUUUAUAGAAUUUUCAUCUACGACUGAAGAGAAACUUCAAUUAUGUGUAGUUUCUUAAAAGAUUUAUAAGAUAUAUUCGUAGUAGCAAUAGAUGAGUACUAAUUUCACCGA